AUGAUCGACUACGGACGUAAAUCCAACUGGGUACGAGGGAAAUGCAUCGGAAAGGGAUCGUUUGGGGUGGUGAGUAUCGGUGUUGAUGAAUCCGAUGGUGUUGUGUUCGCUGUCAAAUCCGUGGAGAACAGUUCCAAUGAGUUUAUUGGGUGUUUAGAGAACGAGAUUCGGAUUUUAAAAUCGUUGUCGUCACCAUACGUCGUUACGUAUCUCGGAGAUGAUGUGACGUGUGAGUCUUCUUCGGUGUACCGGAACUUACACAUGGAGUACAUGCCCGGCGGUACUGUUACUGACGUGGUGAAACAUGGUGGUGUGAAUCUCCGGAGUUAUACGCGGUGCAUCACGUCGGCGUUGAGCUACAUUCACGGAAGAGGCAUCGUUCAUUGUGACGUCAAGGGGAAGAAUGUGUUGAUCGGAAACAUUCCCGGUAUCGCUAAGCUUGCAGACUUCGGGUCGGCGAUUGAAUUGGGAAGUCCGGUCACCGGAAUACGUGGGAGUCCAUUGUGGAUGGCGCCGGAGGUAAUCAGAGGUGAGUAUCAAGGACCGGAGUCCGACGUGUGGUCAUUGGGAUGCACUGUGAUUGAGAUCCUCACCGGAAAGCCAGCUUGGCAAGACAGGGGAGCAAACACCCUCCGUCAAAUCGGCUACUCCGAAGAGCUUCCGGAGAUUACAGUUCCGAUACCGGAAGAUCUACGUGAUUUUUUAAACAAGUGUCUUAGAAGAGAGAGAAGUGAGAGAUGGAGCUGCGAUCAGUUACUCCAACACCCAUUUCUGGUAUCCUGCUCUCCUCCGUCACCACCGCAGAUCACGAUCGACACCUGCAAAUUCUCACCAAGAUGCGUCUUUGAUUGGUCUGUUUCAAGUUCUUCGAACCAAUCAACGCUUGAGAUUUAUCAAUUCGACAUAAAGAACUCAAACGCAAAACAGCGGAUUUGUAAAUUAGCUUCAAACUCAGGGGCAAAUUGGGAAUCAGAAGGUUGGGAGAUGGUUAGGCACGCGACUACGUUGGAAUAUUCUGAUUCCGUCGAUUGUGAAGAAAGCGAGAGUGAUCACCUUGAAGCCUCAUUGAUAAAGGAAGAACUUUUGGAUCCAGGCUCUCCAGCUCAUUUGCUGGUGUCAGAAGGAAGCUAUUUUGAAGAUUUCAACUUUGGACUUAUGGGGUUAAGACAUGAAUGUAAUUUUGGUCCAUAUUCGGGAACACAAUGCGUUCAUCUUGGGAAUGCCAUGCGUUCCGGCAUAGAGUCACGAUCAGCAGUCGAGUAA